AUGUGUGUGGGUGUGGGCGGUGCAGGCAGUGGUGUGUGUGGGUGUGGGCGGUGCAGGCGGGGUUCUGUGUGGGCGGUGCAGGCGGGGAUCUGUGUGGGCGGUGCAGGCGGGGGUGUGUGUGGGUGUGGGCGGUGCAGGCAGUGGUGUGUGUGGGCGGUGCAGGCGGUGGUGUGUGUGGGCGGUGGGCGGGGAUGCAGGGGCGGGGGCAUCUGUGUGGGCG